UAUUGACAACUCGGACCGUUUAUAUUUAUUCCUAGAUUAAAAUUAAAAAUAUAACAUACUAAACUAAAUCAUAAUUAUUAUAAUUAUCUGAAAAAGACAGAUAUUACAGGUAAUUAAAGUUGUGCCCCGUUCUUAAAUGGUACAAACAAUGACAACGGCAGUAACAACUCAGAAAAAAGUUGGAGCUAGUAAUGCUCCACCAGGAGGCAUUCGGAAGAAAUCGGGGCCCAAGUUUGAGCUCACUGAAGAACAAAGAAGGGACAUAAAAGAAGCAUUUGAUUUAUUUGACACAGAAAAUACUGGAAAAAUUGAUACAAAGGAGUUAAAAGUUGCAAUCAGAGCCCUUGGUUUUGAACCUAGAAAAGAGGAAAUCAAAAAGAUGAUCGCGGAAAUUGAUAAAUCUGAUGGCAAAGUAUCAUUUGAAGAUUUUCUGGAGUUGAUGACAGUGAAGAUGGCAGAGAAGGAUACAAAGGAAGAAAUCAUGAAAGCUUUCAAACUGUUUGAUGAUGACGAAACUGGUAAAAUCUCUUUCAAGAACUUAAAGAGAGUGGCAAGGGAACUUGGAGAAAAUCUAACUGAUGAAGAGCUGCAUGAAAUGAUAGAUGAAGCAGACAGGGACGGCGACGGGGAAAUCAACCAAGAUGAAUUCUUACGCAUCAUGAAGAAAACUAGUCUUUAUUAGUUCACUAAAGUAAUUCGGCCUAUUUUUCAUACUUACCGACUCUUGGAAGCACAAAUUAUAUUCUUCAAAGGGAUAAUGAAUUGUAGCAGUGUAAGCGCCGUUCAUUUAUUACGUAAGACGAUUUAGGAGGGAUCGAAGUCUUAUU